CUGACAAAAAGGACACAAGCAAGUUAUUUUUAAAGUGGCUUGUGGAACUUCCCAACAAACAACUUAAGGAGAGGAAAAAUGGAAGCAAAAGCGCUGACAUGCAGUGCAAAGUUCAUCCCGUCAGGUCGUCAGCUUCCCCGCACCCCCCCUAUGACAAGUGUAAUGCGGCACUUGAAUUUUGAUGAUGCAGAUGGGGAAUUUGUGAUGCCAAAAAUCAGUGCUAAGUCAAAUGGAGAUGCUAGGGUGCUUGGUUGCAGAGGUCUUAAAAUGGAGAACCCUUAUGCUUUGCUGAAGGGCAUGAAAGGGUAUUGUCUCACUUCUGAUGACAUAUGUUUCAUUAAGAAGAAGACCGAAGAUGAACUUGUUAAAAGGCUUCAGGGAGAUUUGGCAGAGACCCAGGCCUUCCUGAAAAAUGCAAUGAAUGCUUUGGAGCUUGCGCUUGCAUCCAGGGAGGUUAUGCUGGUCAGUUUCAACAAGUACCCCUCAAAUGAAAAAUUGUCCAAGUGGGCAAAACUGGCCCUUGGAAAUGCCUCACCUCUAGACCUUGCAGAGUUGGACACAAAAUCACUUUUGGCCAUGGUCACAAUGGAAAAAAUCCAGAGUUUCACUGACCAGAAGAAGAAGGCUAUUGCUCAAAUGGAGGAGACUAUUGCAGAAAAGUGCAAAAAAGAAGCAGAAGAUAGAAGCCACCAUAAAAUUCAAGUUUCAACUGAGGAGGAAACUUGUAGAGCAUCCAAGACUGCUUCUUGAAAAUGUAGAGACUGAAGAUUUGGCGAUGAACAUCUCAGCUGAUCUUUGGGACUGUAUGUUGCAUAGGGUACACUCGUCCUCUAUCUGUGAUAGGCAUGGGCUCCUACAAUUCAAGGUUCUUCAACAUUUACAUAUUUCUAAAGAAAGAUUAGCAAAGUUUUAUCCAGAUAGUGAUCCGAUGUGUAAUCGCUGCAAAGCAGAAAUUGGCUCACUUGUUCAGAGUAGGGCAUGUCCAAAAAGUAUGAAUAACUAUUGGACGGCUAUAUUUAAGACACUUUCUGAGACAUAUAUAAAAUCAAACUUGCUCCCUUGGCUUUGAUUGCACUCUUUGGGGUGAUGCCACCAGGCACGUCUAUUAUUAAACACUAUUAAAAUGCUAUUGCUUUUGCCUCUUUACUUGCAUGACGUUUAAUACUUGUGAAUUGGAAAAAAGAAACUCCGCCUACUCAUGAUCAGUGCAUAGCUGACCUUUUUUUAUGAGGUUUUUAUACAAGGAAAAAAUUAGAGGUACACUAACGGGCUCAUUGACUAAAUUUAACAAAUCAUGGCAGCCAUUCUUGAAAUAUAUGGAAACUUUUAAAAUGUGCACCAUGCCAUAGUUGGAUACGCCGGCCACGAAUCUAAUGUAAUUAUUUAACUGCUAUUAUUCGCGUUAUAUACUUUUUGUUUCAUUUUUUUAUAAUUGUUUUGCUUAUUGGGGCUUUGAUAAAAUGUACAGCCAAGAAUGCAUAUUGUAUUUAUCAAUGUCAUAUGCUGUCAUAAAUAAAACUGUAAAAAAAGAGAAUGUAGAAACUGGAAAUUCUCCUAUUAUAUGUAAUCUUACAUAUUCAAAGUAUGCAACAUUGAAAUACAUGACUAACAUUAUCUAUACAUUUGAUGCAGGGAAAGGGAUAGCAGCCCCUUAGACUAUGCUGCAAAUGGAGU